AUGCUUCGAAACGGCGCUUCAAAAGUCGUCCAGCGAAUUUCGCAGCUUCGAGGGGCCAAAGAUCUCGUUUUCGGACAAGACGCAAGAAAGGAAAUUCUAGCUGGAGUGAAUCUGCUCGCCGAUGCCGUCGAAACGACCAUGGGGCCAAAGGGAAAUACAGUCAUCAUCGAACAGAGCUGGGGCGGACCCAAAAUUACCAAGGACGGCGUGUCAGUGGCAAAAGCGAUUGAUUUGGAAGACGCGACUCAGAACAUCGGCGUCAAGCUCGUCCAGAACGUGGCUAAUAACACGAACGAGAACGCUGGAGACGGAACUACUUCGGCCACGGUCUUGGCGCGCGCGAUUUUGAACGAAGGACUCAAGAAAAUCGAAAACGGGGCGAAUGGAACUGAUGUCCGAAGAGGAGUUCAGAAGGCGCUAAAAGUCGUUUUGCAGGAAUUGGACAACAUGGCUAUUCCAGUUAUUUCCAACGAAGAAAUUUGCCAAGUCGCGACUAUUUCUGCAAAUGGCGACUCCUCCGUCGGCGAGUUAAUUGCCGCUGCUAUGGCCAAAGUUGGACCCCGCGGCGUCGUCACUGUCAAGGACGGAAAAACCCUGACCGACGAGUUGGAAGUGAUUGAAGGAAUGAAGUUCGACCGGGGUUACAUCUCGCCCUUCUUCGUCACCGAAACCAAAGGCCUCAAGUGCAUUUACGAGAACGCGAUGGUUCUUUUGAGCGAAAAGAAGAUCUCCGACGUUCAGCCACUCGUUCCCGCCCUCGAAGCUGCUGCUAGAUCCGGAAAGCCGCUGAUCAUUAUCGCCGAGGACAUCGACGGAUCGGCCAUCCAGGCGCUCGUGCUCAACCGACUCAAAGGCGGGCUCAAGGUCGUCGCGGUCAAGGCGCCCGGCUUUGGCGACAACAGAAAGAACACGAUCCAGGAUCUCGCCUGCGCCACUGGCGGACACGUCUUCGGCACCGAAGUCGGCAAGAAACUGGAAGAGUGCACGCUCGAGGAUCUCGGCAACGUCGCCGAAGUCACCAUCACCAAGGACGACACAUUGAUGCUGGGCGGCAAGGGCGACAAAGACCAGAUCGAGCACCGCUGCCGAUCGAUCUUGGAGCAGAUGGAAGACACCACCUCCGAGUACGAGCGCGAGAAGCUGAACGAGCGACUGGCCCGAUUGUCGGACGGCGUUGCUGCGUUGAAGAUCGGCGGUGCGAGCGAAGUCGAACAGGGCGAGAAGAAGGAUAGAGUCGAGGACGCUCUCAACGCGACUAGAUGCGCCAUCGAAGGCGGUAUGGUCCCUGGCGGUGGAGUUGCCCUUCUCCGUUGCAUUCCCGCCCUCGCCAAUGUCGAAGUUAACAACAAGGACGAGCAGAUCGGAGUUGACAUCAUCAGCCGAGCGAUCAGAAAACCAUGCGAAACGAUUGCUAAUAAUGCUGGCGUUGAAGGACGAACUGUUGUUGAAAAGAUCAUGGCCGGUGCGGCUGGAUACAACGCACACACGGACGAGUUUGUUGAUAUGAUUGCUAAUGGAAUUGUUGAUCCUGCCAAGGUUGUGAAGCAGUCGUUGACAGAUGCUGCUGGAGUCGCUUCUUUGAUGACGACUGCUGAAUGCAUCAUCACUGAAAUCAAGGAAGACGCUCCAGCGAUGCCCCCAUGGGAGGCAUGGGCGGUGGAAUGGGCGGAAUGGGAGGCAUGA